UUUGGGGGUUCAUGAGCAGAUGCGUUAAGCGGGGUUUUAGUGUUGUAGAACCCUACCAGUGUGGGAGUGUGUGGAUCGAAAGUUAACCCUAAAAUUUUUCCGACAACGAAAUGGCAUCGACCGCCGGCGCCGCUGCCAGAUCGAUACUCCGAUCAUGUUCGGGUCGUCGCGCUGCGUUCCGUCUCGGCUCGGAAGCUAAAGCUGGUCGCUCUCGGUUCGGCGUUGCUUCCAAUAAACCUCUCUCCCAAUCAACACUGAGGUGUCCCGUUGAAUUGAGCUUUUGUGUGGAAUCCAUGCUGCCGUACCACAUGGCAACUGCUUCCGCUUUGAUGACUUCAAUGCUCUCUGUGUCUCGUCGCAGCUACGGUUGGCUUCCUGAAGGUAUAGUCUCUGCUUCUACUGCAUUGUAAUGAAUCAUUUUGGAAUGAAAGAUUAAGUUUAUUUGCAUUUGUUUACUUAAUGGUAUUGGUAAGUGGAAAUGUUUUUGAAGAUUUCUGUGUGCAGCAUUAUAUGAUCUGUUUAGCAUUCUUAAUGUUCAAAACUAUUUUCUUUUUCUCCUGUCGGUUGGCUUUGACAUGAGAGUUUACCAAGUGUUCUUGUUAGAGGAGAGGGGGGACGUUGAAGAUUUUUUACAGCUCAUGUUGAGAAAAAAUUAUUGGGACUGCGGAGAGUAUUAUGUUAUGUGCUCCCACACUUUGGGUCGACAAGUCUGUGAUCAUUUUAAUUGCCUGACAGUUGGAUUUUACUUUUGAAUUAGGUAGCUAAACAUCUGUAGGAUUCCUUGUGUUCUUUCUUCAAUUUAAUUUACGGGUAAGUUAGUGUUUCUUUUCAGUUUUUGGGUUAAAAAAAGGUAGUUUUGUCAGAUUUUAUGUGUAAUGCUUUGAAAAAACGUAUGGCAUAUAAUUCUUCAUAUUAAUAGAAAAAGGCGGUCCAUCUAUCUACAUGAUGUUUGAUCUUAUCAUUAUGUAAGUAUUAGUCCUGUGUACCUAGGAUUGAUGGAAAAGUUAUUCCCUGAAUCUUCUACUUUCCCCACUGCAACUAAAUCGUUUAGUGAAGCCGUACGUACUCCUUUUGUUUGUAGGCCAAGAGAAGACUAUUUGAAGAUCAAGAAGCAAGGUUGGGAUGACAUGGAUCUCUUUUGAUGUUGGGCUUUAAACAAAAAAAAAUCUUAUUAGGAAGAACUGCUAGAUUUCUGUCCCAAAAAAAAAACAUGUUGCCCUUGGAUUCUUUAAAGUUUGCAUGAUGAAUGUCAUGGAGCUGGAUUUUUAGUUUACUGUGUUCUAGAAAAUAAUAUUUGUCUCCUGUUUGUGAAUCAUAUUGUUCAAAGUUCAUGCACAUUGAGUAGAA